GGGAAACAACCCAAACUGCAAGCAUGGCGGCCUUCGUGAGGUCGACCAAGGCAGCAUUAACCCUACAGUGCCUCAUACAGUCACAAGUACCACGACGUUGGAAAUGGGUUUACAGCAAAAAGGAGGGUGUGCCUCGCCACAUUUUGGAGUGGUUGCACAUGGAAAUUGACUUGAGCCCAAAGAAUAUUUCUUUUAUUCUUGAUAAAAAUAAAUGGAAGGCCUUGAAAGAGGAUCACAAGUUUAUUACAGAACGCCACAGCAUUUUGGGUCCUGAUUUAGCAACAGCCCAUUUCAUGGUCAAGAGAGGUGCAAAAGUCAAGUUUGUUGGAAGGGAUCAGUGGUUCAAACAAGAUAAAGAUGGUCACAUGUAUUUACCCAAUCGUUUUAUUCCUAAUAUGCUGCUCGAGGCCAUUGAUGCUUCUGGAAUGGAAAUGUCAUAUGUCGCGUUCGACAAUAUGAGACUUGAAAAACUGCGGUAUCUUAACUUCAGUGGUUGCCAGAAUUUCAGUGAUUGGUGCAUGGCACGACUUUAUCAGUUUCAAGACACUCUUGAAUUUUUAGACAUAAGUGAGUGCAAUGAGGUCACAGAAAAUGGUUUGGCUUGCUUACACCAUAUGAGGAAACUACGAGGUCUGAAACUGAGCAGUCUGCCAAAUGUAAAAGACAUUGGAUUGAUGGUACUGCUUCUGGAAGAUAUGAUACCAGACUGCACAGUCUUUGGCAUAGAACCACAUCUUUUACUUCCUAAGAGUGAUGCAGGAAGUAUUUCUCCUGAGACUGAUCCUGCCUUAAGAUCAAAUACAUUGUCUACAGAAGCAGUUGGUGUGGAAGACAGUCAAGGGUUCCUACAUUCCGGCACAAAGACAUAGCCAUCUCUUUGCCAAAUAUGCCAAGUGUGUGAAAAUGGGUAGAAUUAAAACCUUCAGAGAAGAGACUACUUUUGUGCUGAUUAGGACGGAUAGUAUAUACACACAUACAAUUUUAUCCUGAUGUAAGCAUUUGGUGCUUCUUAAAUGCUUGUUUGCUGUUUACAUAGAUACAGAUUUCUUGAUAAUUUUACUGUUCCUUGCUCAUAUCAUAUUCAACACUUAUUGUUGCAUUUCUGGUAAGUGUGCCUCAAGAAAAAUUAAUGACAGUGUGCUAAUGUGAAUGUGUCAACCACUUAACAGAUAGACUCCUUUGAAUGCGCAUACAUGUGUGUGUGUGUGGGUGGGUGGAUGUAUGGUGAGUAAAAACCAGGCGCAAUAUAAGAAUUGUUAUUUAUUUCUGAGAGGUCCCAGCUAGUUUGAGUGAUCCCUGCUAAAGGUUUCUUUCUAAGCUUAUUUCUUCUACCAUUUUAUAAUAAAAAGAGAAAGGGCAAAGGCAAAAUCCUCCUUUUCCAUUGAGCUUUU